UCAAUCAAUAUACGGAUGGAUUCUUGUACGACUUAUGGAUGUCAUUCUAUAACAUGUACUAUAAGUAUAUCUCUAUGCAAGAGAUAACAAGAUGCUCCAAACAAAAUCAGGCCCGAGACAUUGGUGCUAUAAUGGACACUGCCCCUCAAAUAAUUCGCGAAGGGUAUUAUCUUCGACACCUCGCAGGUUUUCCAAGCCAGGAGAAAGAUACACUUUUGUCCUGCGAUUUUUCGUCAGAUGGUAAAAAUGUAGCAAGUGGCGGGUUUGGGAAAAAGCCUUUCAUUUGCUAUCCAGAGGCUCGUAAUUCUGUUUAUUCAUCAGACUCACAUUUAUCUGCCAUCUUAGAAGUUAGAUUUCAACCAGGAUCAACUAUAUUUGCAACAUCUUCUACGGAUAAAACAGUAAAAUUAUGGAAUGCUACAACUCCUGCAAAACCGGUGUACGAAUUUAGUCAUAAAGGGAUAGUAAGAUCAUUGGACUUCCACCCAACACAAAGAAUUCUUUGCUCGUCCGGUACUGAUGUAGUUGAAGUGUGGAAUCUUGUUCAGCGUGUUAGGACGGACCACAUUAUGGCAGGUGUCAGCAUAGUGAGAUUUCAGCCUGGAUCGGGGAUGCUUUUGGCAGUUGCCAAUCAAAAUGUUAUCAACAUACUUGAUUUUCAGACAUUUACUAUUCAGAAUUGUCUCCGGGGGCACGUCAAAUAUAUUUGUUCCUUGUGUUGGGAUGUCACUGGGCAAACAAUCGCCUCUGUCAGUGAAGAUGGUUUGCGUGUCUGGUCACUUUCUAUGGGCGGACAGUGCUUAUAUCACUAUCCAUCAGAAGGGAAGAUAUUUCAGUCCGUUAUAUUUCAUCCUCGAUACCGUAACGUCUUAGUUGUUGGUGGUUUUCAGUGCAUGGAAUUGUUGAUUCUUGAGUGCAAUGGGCAAAUUCACUGUAUUCAUUCCUCUAGUAUAUCAAUUACUGGACUAGCAGCUUGUACACAAAAUGAAAUAUUUGCAUCAACUAGCAAUGAUUUUCUCCCUGUGGUGAACAUAUGGAAAUGAAGUUCAAGUUGAUGUCUCUGUUAUUUGGUAUACAUACAACUUGUCUUGCCGAAACUAGGUUAGUUUCUAUAUGUACAACUAUCGAAUGCAAGAGACGGGCUUGUAACGUGAGGAUCUUGUUGAGACAAACAGAAAGAGGGAAUGACUCAUGUGAACUUGUUUUUUCAUGAUAUUCUGACAUAUGACCAAAUUAGAGUAUAUGAUCUACAUAGAAAACUAUCAUUAAUUUGUUCUUUUUUCAAUUUUUGUAGAUAUUUUGCUCUCCUCUCUUUGAGGUAGCUUCUGGAUGCCUUG